CCCUUGAGCCUGUGCCAGCCUCUUUUUACCCCUCCCCUGCAACCCGGGCCUGACACAUACCACUUGAGAGCUCCUAAUAUAGACCCAACUGCCUCGUAGGAAAGCGUAACGAACUGAACGGAGUCAGAGUCACUAGCAGUUUGAGUUUGCUGCUUUGACAACAACUUUUUCAUGGACACACAAGAGAAAUAUGGAGCCUUCCUCACAGAUUCAGAUGGGAGUGAUCAGCUAUUAUAAUAUGUAAUAUCUCCUCCUAGAGGCUGAUGCCGCUAUCUACAUGAAUUUCAUGAAAAGCCACCGCUGUUACGAUGCCAUUCCAACCAGCUGUAAACUGGUCAUAUUUGAUACCACACUACAAGUGAAAACGGCCUUUUUUGCACUGGUGGCAAAUGGCUUGAGGGCAGCGCCUCUAUGGGACAGCAAGUUACAGAAAUUUGUGGGUAUGCUGACUAUUACAGAUUUCAUCAACAUCCUCCAUUGCUAUUACAAGUCCCCUAUGGUUCAAAUGUAUGAGCUGGAGAGCCACAAGAUUGAGACAUGGAGAGGUGAUUCAUUUAAAAAUGUCUAUUUACAGUAUUCCAAUCACUUCCUCAUCAGUAUAUCUCCAGAGGCCAGUCUCUUUGAAGCCAUCUAUUUCUUACUCAAACAUAAGAUCCACAGGCUGCCCGUCAUUGAUCCAGAGUCUGGAAAUGUUUUGCACAUUCUGACCCACAAAAGGAUCCUCAAAUUCCUCCAUAUAUUUGGGAAAACAGUUCCUAAGCCGGCGUUCAUUCAGAGGCAGAUCCAGGAACUUGGAAUUGGAACUUUCAGGAACAUCGCCACAGUUCAGCAAACAGCAACACUUCAUGAUGCGCUCUCCAUUUUUGUAGAACGGAGGGUGUCUGCACUGCCGGUGGUGAACGAACAAGGCAAAGUGGUGGCACUCUACUCCAGAUUUGAUGUGAUUAAUCUAGCUGCCCAGAAGACUUACAACAAUCUGAACAUGACUAUGCAAGAGGCCGUUCGCAUGCGCUGGUGUUUUGUUGAGGGUGUGAUCAAGUGCUAUCCCGAUGAAACCUUGGAAACUGUCAUAGACCGUAUAGUCAAAGCUGAGGUCCAUCGGCUGGUCCUGGUGGACAGGGCUGACGUGGUGAAGGGCAUCAUCUCUCUAUCUGACCUGCUGCAGGCCAUGGUAUUAUCCCCUGCAGGUAUUGAUGCCCUUUUGUCCUAGCACCAUGGACCAGAGGGUCCCCCUUCCUUCAUUUAUCCCCUGUGUAGACUUCAGUCCUGGCAGUGUACCCAGGCAGGUAGGCUCUGGAGCCUCUCCCCUUCCCCAACAACCCACAUCCCAUCCUGCUGUGUUAUUACCAGCAUCCAAAAGCUUUGACCCCUCAUGUCAUCUAGUUGUGUGUGCAAUAGAAAACCUGCCGCUUUUAAAUUAGUGCCACUAAUGCUUUCUGAAACACAGGCACACAAACGCACACAAUCCCAGCUGCUUGGCUGACAUUUGCAAGCAAGGAUUGCCUGAAUUUUUUGAGGAUAGUUGCUGACGCUGAGUAGAAUAGUGGCUGAUUUCAUUUAUGUUUUUCAGGAAUCCCCAUGUGACUGAAAUGAGAGAUCACAAGAGGAAGAAAAACUCCCUGGUUGUGCUGUUGUUUACAUUCAAAUGUCUUUUGUGAUCUAUGUGCUACGUUCAAGCAACAAUAAUGGACACAGGGAGCUGAACUUACAGUCUCCUCGACACUGUCAUGAAUCUUUAAGGUCUCUUGCACAAUGUCCAUCAUGACUGCGUUUGAUCAAAUUGAUCAUCAUGUUUACUCUGUGUUGUAUAUUUCUGUAUUAAACAUUUGUAAUGAA